UCCAUGUGAAUCCAGCCUAAGACCGUGGUCAGCUGUCAUGGCGUCAUGAUGGUCGCACUGUCAGCAAAAGAGGAAUACAACCCCCGCGUUAUCAACGCUAUAAUGUUCGCCAACAAGAAGAACUUUCCACCAAGGCCCCACAUACCAGACCGCGAACACAUGCUGGAGGACCUCGACAGAGCCAUGGUGGACGACGUAGCGUUCAAGAUUAUAAACGAUUCGUCCGUAAAGGAGUCCCACAGUCCAAGGGCUAUCGACAACUCUGACGAUAUAUACAAGAAAGUGAAAACCUAUCUGAAUACCAAACAGCAGCUCAAGCAGCUGGAGUACACCUUGAAGAAAGAGGGACAGCAAAUGCACGCUGACAACGAGGAGAUAAAGAGGCUCGCGGACGACAUUAGGAAGCAGGCGCAAGCCGCUCUGGUGAUAUACGAGGAGAGAUGAGUUCAGAUUUGCAAGAGUACACUAGUCACGUGGCGUGAUGUUGAGUGGUUUUGACAAUUCGUCAUCGCAAAUAGAUAUGUUAAGUUUAUUAUAGUUUACCACCCAAAAUUCUUGUUAAUCUUUAGCUGAUGUUUCUACUUGUCCUUUUCGUGGAGCUCCUCGGAGCCUCCGCUUAUUUAAAGUAGACAAAUUUAUUUGUCAUAUGUUUAGAAAAUACUUUUCGACUAAUUGAAUUCGCGUCUGUGAUCUUAAAAAGGAAACAUUCGAUGUCUCGUGUAAGAUGCAUUGAAUAAUCGUAUCACAAUGUCGUGUAUAAUAUUUAAUGAUAAAAUCUUUGUCAAUAGUCUCUUUAUGUUUUUAACAUUGAUACGCAUUUGUUCAUAUGUUUUGGUACACUAAACGGUACACGAUUACACAGAUCGAUUUAAUGGUAUACAUAGUACUUCGUACAACGAGAAAUUUCCCAACAAAAUUUAUGACAAGGCACAAUAACAACUUAACGUCUAGCAACUACUUGUAGCAGCGCGAUGCUACGAUAAUUUUGAUCUGUCACAUUUAUCGUGGAUAACAUUUAUAAAGAUUUAUGAUUUCCUCUCGCCUCUCGCGUGUAAAAACUUACAAGUUACUCUUACAUUGUACGAGUAUCUUUACGCAUUAAGGCCAUUCUACAAUUGCGUAAACGUGGUUGUUAUCGGUUGUGCAGUAUUGUAAAACACAAUUUUAAACUAGCAUUUCCGAUUGUAAAGUCUGUCGUAAAAGAUGGCUGAACUUCAUCUUUCACGACUGCAACGAUGUAGGACGUAAAAGCUAACCAAUCAUUCGCUUCAAUUACGACGUAUCUUACUCUAUUGUAUAUUACUUUGA